AUUAUUGACGUUGUCAAUAUUGCGAAUUCGAUUGCAUAGUUUACAGUGCUUACAGGAUAUUUGUAGCUGAAUUUCUUGAAAAUAUUUUAGAAAUGGCUACUAUAGAAGAAUUACAAAGGAAAGUGCAGGACUUGGAGGCAAAACUCGCUGCCGUACAAGGAAAUGCCGGUCUAGGUCGCCAGAAAAUAGACGUAAUGUCCUCAGAAGUGGUCGACUCUAAUCCUUACAGCCGAUUGAUGGCCCUCAAACGGAUGGGUAUAGUGAACAACUAUGAGAAGAUCCGUGAGAUGUCCGUGGCCGUGGUCGGUGUGGGUGGAGUGGGGAGUGUGACCGCUGAGAUGCUCACCCGAUGUGGUAUUGGCAAGUUAAUACUCUUCGAUUAUGACAAAGUGGAGUUAGCAAAUAUGAACCGGCUGUUCUUCCAACCGCACCAAGCCGGCCUCAGCAAGGUGGACGCCGCGGCCGCUACGCUGCAGAACAUCAACCCGGACGUAGCCAUAGAUACGUACAACUACAACAUCACCACUGUUGAUAACUUCCAAAAGUUCUGCGACACUAUCAGCACGGGAAGUUUGACCGGCGGUCCUGUGGACCUGGUGCUGAGCUGCGUGGACAACUUUGAGGCGCGCAUGGCUAUCAACACCGCCUGCAACGAGCUCAACCAGAAGUGGUUCGAGUCCGGCGUGAGUGAGAAUGCUGUGUCGGGCCAUAUACAAUUCAUUGUGCCGGGGGAGACUGCAUGUUUUGCUUGCGCUCCGCCGUUAGUAGUGGCAUCUAAGAUCGACGAGAAGACGUUGAAGCGCGAAGGUGUUUGCGCCGCCAGCCUCCCCACCACAAUGGGCAUCGUUGCUGGAUUUCUAGUCCAAAACACGCUGAAGUACCUGUUAGAGUUCGGGACGGUCAGCCACUAUUUAGGAUACAGUGCACUGACAGACUUCUUUCCCACAAUGAGCUUGAAGCCGAACCCGCAGUGCGACGACCGCGAGUGCGUGCGGCGGCAGCAGGAGGCGCGGCGGCGGCCCGCCGUCGAGCUCGCCACCGAGGUCACCGAGGACGCCGCGCCGCUGCACGCCGACAACCACUGGGGAAUCAGCCUAGUGGACGAGAACACGCCAGAUGAUGACGAUGCAUCCAAUUUGAAACUGGUCGACGGCGUUCAGGUGGCGUACAGCAUCCCGGUAGACAACAGCACUCCUGAGUCCAGCACGGGAGGUGCGGUGGCCGCCUCCGAGCUCUCCCUUGAAGAACUGAUGCAGCAGAUGAAGUCCAUGUAAGCGUAGCAGCCGCCACCACAUCCUCUCCGCUGUACGCACCCGCUGUACUGUUGACAGAAGACAUACGAUGGGAUCGUCAGGUAAAGGUGGAGUUAGACAUAUAAUAAACGGCACAAACCUAUUCAAUAUACCGAGAUUAUCAAUAUAUCAAAAUCGUUCGCGAAUGUAAUAGAGUUAUAAGAAAGAAUGGUGUUACGUCCGUCAUACAUGGAUUUAACGCUUCUAUGGGAUCGUAACAAAAUCAGUGAGCAAAUUAUUUUAUCGAUAGACACACUUUCGCUGCUUCAUGUACGAGACGACAUCCGGCAUCUUGUAAUUUUUUUUACGUGCUUGGUGUCUGUCUAUAAAUUUGUUUACCUCUCGUCUUAAAGGGCAGAUGGUUUUCGUGUACAUGAGAUUUUGGUAUGUAUGUCAAAUGCUGUUAGCUUGUUUACCAUAAAUAUUGAAGGGGAAGGUAAAGGAUGAGAGUUCGCUGGCUCGGAGAUGUAAAUCAUGAGGAUGAAGUCAGAUCAAUUGGCUUAUCGUGAGGAAUUCACUAAGAAUUAAUCACAGUUACCAGGGGGUCCCAUGUGGAGGUCGUUUUGAUAGGGUAACAAUCCCAUCACCCCACUCGUUUGGUCUAACUCCAUUUUAACAAGGUCAGCAACACGCGACACCCAUGCUGUAAGCUUUCAUGGGCUAAGCGGCCGCUUACCAUCAGGCGUGCUGUAUGCUUGAUAGCAUUCGUCGUUGUAUAAACAAUAUAAUUGUCAUGAAGAAAUUUGUACGUAAGAAUUCAAAAUGCUAUUAGGCGAUGUUAGCUGAAUGUACUACAAUAGGUAUGUUUGAUGUAGCUUAACUAUACUUUAUUAAUUGUAUAAACAUACUAAGAGAUAAAUGGGUAACAGUAUAU